AUGGCCACUAGCACCCUGACCGAGGAAACCCACUGCUACAACGGAAACAUCAAGGAUGGACUGUUCCACGGGCGUGGAAUUUUGAUGUACUCCCGGAAUGAAAAGUACGAAGGGGAUUUCGUAUACGGGAAGAGAGAAGGGAAGGGGAAAUUUACCUAUGCCGACGGUGCAACAUACGAAGGAGACUGGGUUGACGAUAAAAUUCAUGGGAAAGGAACAGCAAAGUUUGUCAGUGGAAAUGUGUACGAAGGGGAGUGGGACAACGGAAGGAUAAAUGGGUUUGGAAUUCUAAAGUACAACAAUGGGGACAUCUACGAAGGUGAAUGGUUAGACGGGAAAAUGCAUGGUAGGGGCACCUACACAUAUGAAGAUGGGGAUGUAUAUGUAGGUGAGUGGAAGAAUGAUAAAAGACAUGGGAAAGGUUGCGUUAAGUACAAAGGAAGUGAAAAUAAAAUUGCGGAGACCUAUGAAGGAGAUUGGUUUGAGGGGAAGAUGCAAGGAAAAGGAACGUACUUUUUUGCUGAUGGAGGAAUAUACGAAGGAGAUUGGGUUGAUGGAAAAAUGGAAGGGAAAGGAGUUUACAAGUUUUUAAAUGGCAAUAAGUAUGAUGGCGAUUGGUCUAAUGACAUGAAAAAUGGAUACGGCGUAUUGACUUACGUGAAUGGAGAAAUGUACGAAGGGUACUGGAAAGAUGAUAAAGUGCAUGGAAAGGGAACCCUUACUUAUAGUAGGGGAGAUAAAUACAUAGGGGAAUGGAAAUUUGCCAAGAAAUCUGGCCAAGGCGAACUCAUUUAUGCUUCCGGGGAUAAAUUCAAAGGGGAAUGGAAAAAUGAUAAGGCCAAUGGCUUUGGUGUUUUGGUUUAUUCCAAUGGAAACAAAUACGAAGGGGAGUGGGUUGAUGAUCAGAGACAUGGGUUUGGGACGUUCACUUGCAAAGAAGACGGUAGUAUUUAUGCAGGGCACUUCGCUUUCAAUCGGAAGGAAGGCAGAGGUACGUUGACCUUCGUCGGCGGCAACGUCUUGGAAGGCUUGUGGACCAUGGGUGUCCUCACCAAGGUAAGCAAAUUUCAGUUGUCUCCCGCAUCCCCCUGGCAUGAUCCGGACCUUUGA